AUGAAAUCAAAACAAUCAAAGCAAUCCUCCUCCAUCAUUGCAAGUGAUUCAGUUUCCGAUUUCAGUUCUGGCGUAUCAGUGAAAUCGGACAAGGUGGCAAUUGUCGCCUAAUUAGGAGAGCUAGCUUGUGCAAUAGAAUAAAAGCCAACAGAGUCAGAGAAUCAAAACGAAAUAGAAAAUCCAGAAGAAAUCCAUAGUCCAUUGGAGUUCAAACUAGAUUUAAGCAUGAUUAUUUAGAAGAAUGGGAAAACUGAUGAAUUUUAUAAUUUAGUACUUUAAAGUUAUUUGGAAAAACAAAAUAAGCCUACCGAAUACUUAUUUAUAGACCCCAAGGGUUUGGAUGAUGAAGAGAGAAUUAGGUUUUUGAAUUGGUUGGUAGAGAUCACACAGGCAUAUUCAAUGAAUUAUUCAACAUUUUUCAUAGUUUGUUCUAUUUUGGAUGAAUAUUAAAAAAUAACUCUAAAUGUUACUAAAGAUAAUCUCCACUUAACAGGUGUGAGUUGUAUAUAUCUGGCAUCAAAGUUUAACGAUGUUAUACCUUUAAGAUUAGAUUAAGCAAUAGAUAUUUCACAUAAUAGAUUGGCUCGAACUAAGAUUUUGUAGAGAGAGUUAGAAAUUUUUGAAAGUUUAGAUCAUUAACUUAACUUUUCUAAUGGUUUUUUGUUUUUAACUUUAUUAUUAAGACUAUAUUUGAGUAAGAUAAAGGAUAAGGAGAAUGAUAUAAUUGAGAUAGCUUACUUUACAUUGAAGUUGUGUUGUUUCGAUUACAAACUACAGAGUAUCUAUUACUAAAGUGAGAUAUCUGCUGGUUGUUUAUCCUUUGCAGUGAUGCUUGUGAACUCAAAUAACCAAGGAAAAGUGAGUGAUGAUAUCGCUACAUCGCUUGUACAUCUACUAAAGACAACGAAUGUGGUUAAGAGUCAGUAUAUCACGGAUGUUGGAGCACACAUUGAAGGAUUGGUAGAUAGAUACUUUUAUGAUAACGAUUUUCGAGGGAAGAUAUAAAAAUUAAUAGUGUAUAACCUAACCUAAACUGAGUUGUUGAAGUCUUACAUAGAAAUUAGGAAUAAUGAUUCAUGAAAACAAGUAUUAUUAUAAUUAUUACUUAAUUUUUAA